AUGGAUAGUAUUUGGUCAGCUAUCCGGUUAAUGAAACCAAAUUGUUAUAUGGCAUCUAUCGAUUUGAAAAAUGCUUAUUAUUCUGUGCCUAUUCACCCAGAGCAUCAAAAAUACCUCAAAUUUAAUUGGAAAGGGAAACAAUACAGAUUUGUCUGUUUCCCAAAUGGCUUAGCUAUCUGCCCUCGGAAGUUUACCAAAUUACUUAAGCCUGUUUAUUCGCAGUUGCGCAAGAACGGCCAUAUUUCCGUUGUUUUUAUAGAUGAUUCUUGGCUGACUUCCGAUACUUAUGCCGCAUGUGUUGAUAAUAUCCGCGAUACUGUCACUUUAUUGAGUGAAGUGGGGUUUUACAUACAUCCUGAGAAGUGGCUCUCAUAUCAUCCCAGACGAUAACAUUUCUGGGUUUCCUGCUUAACUCGUUGUUAAUGCAAAUAUCUUUGACAGCUGACAAGGCACAAAAAGUAAAGCAAAUGUGCCAAGAAUUAUUAGCAAACCCACGCCCGUCAAUUCGCGACGUCGCGCGUGCGUUAGGAACAUUUACAGCCAGUUUGCCCGGAGUAAUGUACGGGCAAUUGCAUUAUCGUUGGCUCGAGAUCGAUAAAACUGAUGCACUAAAAUUAAAUAAGGGUAAUUUGGACAAACUAAUGACCCUUUCACCAGACGCAAUACAUGAUUUAAACUGGUGGUAUACAUCCAUCCCUUCCGCUCAUAACCCCAUUAGUCACGGUGAAACACAAGUCUGUAUUACAACCGAUGCAUCUUUAACAGCAUGGGGUUGUUCACUUGAUGACGUGAAUGCCGAUGAAAAUUGGACACCAAUACAGGCAGAACAUCAUAUAAAUUAUUUAGAAAUGCUUGCAGUUUUCUUUGCACUCAAGUUAUUUUCCUCACAAAUUUCAGGCAAACAUGUUAAAGUUCUAAUUGACAAUACCACGGCUGUUGCUGGUAUCAAUCAGUUGGGUACAUGUCAUUCCCGCACAAAUUACAGACUUGCGUGCCGCAUAUGGGAAUGGUGUAUCGCUCACAAUAUUUGGCUAACAGCGGCACAUAUCCCAGGCAUAGAAAAUAUAACUGCGGAUCGAGAAUCUCGAGUAAGCCGCAGAGAGACUGAGUGGCAAUUAAACAAGCGUAUUUAUUUUGCCGCCAUUCAGAAAAUAGAUGUUACACCAAACAUUGAUUUGUUUGCGUCACGGUUAAACUUUCAAAUUGAACCAUAUAUUUCGUAUCAGCCAGAUCCUUACGCUAUGGCAGUAAAUGCUUUUUCUCUAUCAUGGCAGGAUACACUUUUUACUGCUAUAAAAAAUUGUAGAGGAAAAAGCUACUGGCUUAAUCAUAGUGCCCUACUGGCCUACCCAAAAGUGGUGGCUGUAUCUCAUGAAAUUGUUGCUUACACACCCAAUCAUUCUACCUAGGGGAAACGCGACAUUAGUUUGCCAGCUCAUCCGACGCAAAUCCACCCUCUACACAACAAGCUAGACCUGUUGCUCUGCCAUUUAUCGGGGCACUCCUUUCUGAGCGAGGAAUUUCGUCACAAGCUUCAGUCAUUAUCCAACAUUCAUGGCGAACAGGCACCAAAAAACAAUAUGCAACACACCUCAACCGUUGGCGACAGUACUGUGGUGCAAGGGGUAUUGAUCCCAUUUCAGCGUCUGUAGAAAACGGAAUAAACUUUCUGAGUGAACUGUACACCCAGGAACUGUCUUAUAGCGCCAUCAAUACUGCAAGAAGUGCUUUAUCUACCAUCAUAUUGGUGCCUGGCGGUACCACCUUUGGUAAUCAUCCACUUGUCACAAGGUUCGUAAAAGGUGUCUUUGUUUCACGACCAGCUUUGCCUCGCUAUACAGAAUUAUGGGAUAUAUCUCUUAUGUUUAACUAUCUACGAACUCUUCACCCUGUUGAAGAACUUAAUCUAAAAGAACUUACUCUUAAAACUGUUAUGUUGCUGGCUAUUUUAUCUGGACAACGUUUUAUCUGGACACUUCAUGAUUUAAGUAUAACCAGCAUGGAACGUCAAGAGAAUAAAUACAUUUUUUAUGUUAAUCAACUUCUAAAAACUUCUAAACCUGGAAAACAUUGGGGUCGUCAGGAAUUUACUGCUUAUCCCUCGGAUCCACGCCUAUGUAUUGUUAGUUGCUUAAAUCAAUAUUUGAAGAAGACCGAAUCUAUUCGGAAGAAUUCAGUACAACUUUUGUUGAGUUAUCAAAAACCUCACCAUUCAGUUUCCUGUGACACAUUUGCAAGGUGCCUCAAGAGCGUCAUGAAGGAAGCAGGUUUAAAUAUUGAUAUCUAUAGUGCUCACAGUACUCGAGCCGCUUCAACCUCUGCAGCAAAAGCGAUGAACAUUCCUAUUCAAACAAUUAUAAAUGCAGCUGCGUGGACAAAUGAACAAACAUUUCAGAAGUUUUAUUGUAAGCCUAUUGCUUCAAGUAGCACUUUUGGGGAAAAUCUUGUUAUGGCUUUUAGUAAGACUUAUAUAUGA